CUGGAGCUCAAACGUUCUUACCUGGCAUCCUGCCACACCAUAGACGCGUGUUGUAAUACAGGAGCAGUGGAAUAAGCUUCAGCGGACUCACUAGAGGACACCAUGGCCAACAUACUGAGAGCAGCCUCGACCUGGCUGAAGAUUGCCUUGGGAUGUUUUUCUCUGGGGCUCAUUCUGUUUGUCAUCGGGUUCGCCACGUCUAGCUGGAUGGUCUCCUCCAACUAUCGCAACCAACAUAUGGAGUCCGGGUUGUGGCAACAUAAAUUUUGUGCCGGUAGUACAUGUCAGGGAGGUGACACUUAUCCGAACGACUACCACCGAGCCAUCCAAGCUAUGGAGUGUCUAGGACUGAUCGGAUUUUUCCUGGCCCUCUUGGUGCUGCUGUUGUACAUCUGUGCUGACUCGUGCCGUCGUAAGGAUUUCUUGCAAGCUACAGUGGCCCUGGCUUUUGCGGGAGUUCUGUUUUCAAGCAUUGGAUACGCCAUCUUUGGGUCCUCAACGAACAAUGAAAACUUAUAUGGCCGUGGGAGAAAUAUUGGCUGGUCUAUGGGAGUGGCCAUUGCUGGAACUAUCUUCUACGCUUUAGGUGGAAUCAUGCUCAUCGUCCAGCUGAUUAAGUAAUGCUAAACAAUGCAGGCUGUGCUAUUUUUGUAUUUCAACUCUCAUUUUAUCUCAUGUAUUGAACUACCUGGUUUUCUCACUCGGGGAAUCACCAUACUACUUAAGUCUCUGUAGUGCGUGCGUCUUGGGAAAUGUUUGUCUGUGUUGUAAGGUCGUCGGGACCGCCUACUCUCUUUAUAAUUUUGGGUCGCUAAAAAUGUGUGGAUCUUUUACCCUUUUAGGCUUGUUUAUGGUAGGUCUAUUUUGGAUAUCUGUAACCACGCCCACAAAUAGAAUCAUUUAAUAAUUUGGACCUCUGGGACAAUUCCAGAAGUUUAUAAAAAGUUGGGAUGUUUAAAAGUCGUAGACCCAGUCACUAGAUCGUUCACAUCGCAAACGCUAUCAGACUUUUGUAAUGUUUGAUGUAAUUUAUGCAAAUUUUAGCUUCGCUUCUGGAUGAAUAUUAAUGGACGGGACGUGAAACAAAACUUGACUUGGUUUAGAGGAUGAAAGGUUCUUUUGUAUCAGCGAUAUGUGUGUAGCUUUACGAUCUAUGUGAUUCUUUAUGUCAACUUUAUAUGACGGUUAGAAAAGCUUGACUAUCUCACACGACAUAUUGACCAGACAUCGUGAAUUUAAUCCUUUGUGUUUUUCUUUCUAUUUUAUUUUUAUAUCUACCAAAUUUAAAAGAAAACAACAUCAUAUUAUGUUUCCAAAUAUAAUGAAUAGACGUAUUAAUAUACUAAAAUGUAGCAUUUUUUAUCAUCUAAAUAUUUGUAAUACGAUUGCCAUAGUUAGCUACUCCUUUAAUAUACAGUAAACCUUCGAAAAGUCGAGGUUUGGAUUUUAUCCAUAAAACUGUUUUACGGAUAUCCCCACCUCGCAAUAGUUGAUUUACUGCAUUGUACUGUUUACAUUUGGUGUGCUUAUAACUGUACGAGUAUAACAAUCUUGUAUAAGAUAAUGGCUUAAAUGAAUAGGAUGGUUUCAAUAUUUAACAAGGUUAACCGUGACUGUAAUAAAUAGAGAGUGACUUACAAUGUGUAUGUCUGUGUAUUAUGCUGUGCUCAAAUAUACAUAUAUCAGUUUUUAUAUACAAAUUCUUUAUGAGUAUAUAUCUAUCAAAUUUGUUGGAUAUUUUCUGUCAUCAAUCUUUCUCCGUGUAGCCUGACUAUUGCGCAAUAGAUGUGAUUUUGUGUUUACAUUAAUGGUUGACUGCCUACAUACUGCCUACAGACUGCCUAUAGACUGCCUAUAGACUGCCUAUAGACUGCCUAUAGACUGCCUACAAAUGUCGUAGUAUCUAGCAAAAUAGUCGUGGCUUUUAGAAAUUAUUUAGGAUUAUGUUAAUUUUUUAAAAUUCUAUUAUUUUAUUUGCAGUUGUUUUUAACUACCUAAUAAUUACAUUUAAUACAUGAGUGGCUGGCUUGUGAUUCUUAAGGUAAGAGUUAAAGUGUGGAUGGGGUGGGGGGAAGGGGUGGGCGUUGAUAGCGAAGGGUCGAGGUGAGAUCGGAUUUAUAGACACAUUGCAGUUGUUUGAUGGUUGAAAACAUACUUCACCUAAAACUUAACUGGAAAUUGUUCCAAGAAUGUAAGGGAGUAUGUUGCUCAAUAUGUAAAUGCCCCUAAUGAACUGCACAGUCUGCCCAGAUGUCAGUUAGGUACUGCAGGCGAUGCCCCUAGCGAACUGCCCAGGCUGCCCAGAUGUCACUUAGGUACUGCAGGCGAUGCCCCUAGCGAACUGCCCAGUCUGCCCAGGCAUCAGUAAGGUACUGCAGGCGAUGCCCCUAGCGAACUGCCCAGUCUGCCCAGGCAUCAGUAAGGUACUGCAGGCGAUGCCCCUAGCGAACUGCCCAGUCUGCCCAGGCAUCAGUAAGGUACUGCAGGCGAUGCCCCUAGCGAACUGCCCAGUCUGCCCACUCAUCAGUAAGGUACUGCAGGCGAUGCCCCUAGUGAACUGCCCAGUCUGCCCAGAUGUCAGUUAGGUACUGCAGGCGAUGCCCCUAGUGAACUGCCCAGUCUGCCCAGAUGUCAGUUAGGUACUGCAGGCGAUGCCCCUAGCGAACUGCCCAGUCUGCCCAGGCAUCAGUUCGGCACUACAGGAUGGAGAAGUUCCCUGUGUGCUGAAUGUUUUAUUCCGGUUUGUGGACAUUUAACACGAACAGUAGACGCGACGAAAUGAUCAGGACGUGAGACAACUUAGUCUGUUGAUCGUUGGGCAAAAUUCGCCUUCGGUGGUUUUAACUUUUUUUUUAAAUAAAUUUAUUAAAAGUAGUAGUAGGCAUAAAAAAGUAGUCGUAGGCAUAAAAAGUAGUAGUAGGCUUAGUUGGGUGUACUAAUUGAGACAGGUGCUAUUUUUAAUUACGGUCAAGUUAAUGUACUUCAGUAGUUAAAUCAAGAUGUGUAGUGUGAAAAAGGAAGUGCAAUUGCGUGUGUUCCAAUUUACACAUUUUAAUUUUAUGCAUGGACAUUUUUUUUACCAAGCUGUGCUUUUUGUAUAUUCUUUAUUUACUUAACGUAGCUUUCUAAAUAUACAAAAUAUUUACACAUAUUAAAGAAAGUAUGUACAA